ACUUGAUCAGCGCGAGUCGCGCGACUAAUUUUUUUCCAGCCAGCGUUAGACUGGCCUACUUUUUCAAGCGGUUCACAACAUACGCACACGGACCACGCGUUCUGCCCAACCGUGACCUUUUUUAUAACUUGGGCAACUGUUGUUUGCGUUCAGAGCCGUUUUGCAUGCUUAAGGAAAUGUUAAGAAGAGGAAUAAUCGAAGGCAAAGCUAGCUAAACAUCGCCACUACAACAAAUAGCUAAAGGGGGCUGGGCACUUCAACAGAUCAAAGACCUGCUGUCAUUUAGAGUUUGGAUAUCCAUGCAUCCUUCUGCUCUCUCAUCCAGUGACCUGAGCUUUCUGCCAGCCAUGUAUUCAUUUUCAAGCCCCACUGGCCUGCCUGAAUUUGAAUUAGGUCCUCCAAGUACCACUGAAAGCUUGAUCAACUCUAACAACGGCUGGGAGACGAGACGCCUCAGGAAGCACAAGAGACUAGGUGAUGAGGGUUGUAGUGCCAAAAAGAGGAGGUUGAUGCCUCAGGUUGAAGUGGACCUUUCAGGGAACAGCUGCCCUUCUUUGUCUGCGCAACAAGUCAGUCUCGCUCCUCCACAGUCCUGCUCAACACCACAAAACUUCAUUUUACCACAGCCCUCCUCUUCCCUGUCCCAGCUUGACACCGAGAGCUCCUGCAUGGACGUAGAAGCAGCUCAGAGGAAGCUGCAGGAGAUCGAAGACAGAAUAACACUUGAAGAUGACGAAGAUGAAGAUCUCGAUGUAGAGCCAGCUCCAAGACGGCCAGUGCUGGUGAUGUCGGACAGUCUGAAGGAGGGUCUGCAGUGUGGCAUCAGUGACAUCCUCCCUCAAACUGUGGCUCAGUCUGUGAGUCACUCAGGCAUGGAGUUGGUGUUGUGGCGCCCUCCAGAAGAUCCUUUCUGUCAGAAACUGAGGGACUCGUUACAGAAACAGCGUAAACAACAGACAGCAUGCCGGCAACAUCCUACCCCCUGUCCAUCUCCCAGCCCCUCGAGUCCUCCUGCAGACACAAGUCCUCCCCUGUACAGUGUCCCCGAGGUCAACAGCUCUGCAGAGGAGGACAUGGAAAUUUAAUUUAAUGAGCUGUGCCAAAGUAAAAGACUGGACCACAGGCUGUGUCGGGAACGUUGAUCUCGGAUUCAUUUUGAGCAGCGUGUGCAACAAAGAAUUCACGACACAGUCGUUCAGUUUGUUGUCCAACAGGUGAGGGAUAUGAAGUGACCUAACAGAACAGUUUUAUUCAAAUAAACUGCAAAUGUUUGA